AUGAACGAGCUUGAGAACAGACUUUACGGCUUGCCAGACUGGGGAUACGUCAUUUAUCGCACUACCUACACUACUGAAUCCGAUACUGCUUUCCCUCACGCCAUCAGAUACAUUGAGGCCUGCUUAAAAGGUGAAUUUUUCACGGAAGUCACUCAACAACCUCGAUAUAGGAAUAAUGACGUCCCUGCCUACGUUUGGUCCAAAUACCAGUCGACAAUUAUAGAAGACCCGACACAAUUUGAUGGAGCUUCUCUCGAGAUGGUUCGCGCUCAUUUUGAGGCUUGGGUCAAUGGCCAAGGAAAACGUGAUAACUUUAACAAAUAUCGAGUGUGUCUUAUCAUUGACGAGGAAUCUCUCCAAACACUCAAGGAUGCACCAGUGGAGAACGCCGAGAAUGAUGAUGAAUUACGAUUUGUGAAGGCUCUUGAAGCAUUUCCGAUCGUGGAUUCGUUGGACACCUUUCCCGGAUGGAUGAAAUGUUGGACACAGACGAUGUGGUUUCUUUGGGAGAAUAUGGGGGAUGGUGAUGAAAUGAGGCAGCUAUACGAUAUGAUCGAUGGCUCUCCCUUCGAGGGCGUUUUUGGUGGGUGA